AACAUCUAAUCUGUUUUCCUUCAAGCAAAGAGGCUGCCCUACUGUUCAUCGUGUAAAUGUGCUAUUCCAAAGGGAAACCACGAAUAUACUGUCGGACAGCGUAGCGUAGGCUUUUGUGAAUGUUUUUUUUACUUCUCAUGACAAUUUGAAACACUGGAUUAGAAAAGAGCAACACAAUAACACACUGUACUGAACUAAUACUGUGAUCUUCCAUUCGUUUCAGCUCGUAUGGAAGGAAGUUGCACCACGCAAAGGUCUAUCACUGCUCCCCCAAAUGAUACAGUAGAAGGGAACAGCGUUUGGAUUAAAUAAAUUAGGGUGGUCAUUUGCAGGUUUGAACUGAAACAGCCUUUUUUUUUUUUUUUUUUUUUUUAAAGACGUUUUCUAUUGCACAUAAACUACAGAGCGUCCCACUGGUCCGCUACUGUGCUGUCAGUGUGCUCUUGUGGAGAGCGAGUGAGUAGGCGGGGGAUAUGAAGAUCUGCUCAGUGUUCUGAUUUCAAAGGGAUUAAGAACAUUUUAAAGGAGAUUCUGCUGGUGUUUGUUUUUUUUUACUGUUGAUGGCUGGUGGAUUUUUGGGAACCUCUGUGGAUGUUUUAGAAAUGGGUUUUGGAGUUCAAUUCUGUGUGGUCUUCCUGCUUCUCGGGGCUCUCUUUGCCACCUCUAGCCACACAAACCAAGUUGUGCUGCUUGAUACCACGUCUGUGCUGGGAGAGCUUGGAUGGAAAACAUACCCAUUAAAUGGGUGGGAUGCCAUCACUGAAAUGGACGAACACAACCGACCCAUCCACACCUUCCAGGUGUGUCACGUAAUGGAGCCCAACCAGAACAACUGGCUAAGGUCCAACUGGAUCUCCCGUGAGGCGGCCCAGAAGAUCUACGUGGAGAUGCGGUUCACCUUGCGGGACUGCAACAGUAUCCCCUGGGUCCUGGGCACUUGCAAGGAGACAUUCAACCUCUACUACAUGGAGACCAAUGAGUCCCACGGCAUCAAGUUUAAACCUGCCCAGUAUACAAAGAUCGACACUAUCGCGGCCGACGAGAGCUUCACUCAGAUGGACCUGGGCGACCGCAUCCUCAAGCUCAACACUGAGGUGCGUGAGGUGGGGCCCAUCACUAAAAAGGGGUUCUACCUGGCCUUCCAGGAUAUCGGUGCCUGCAUAGCCCUGGUGUCGGUUCGCGUUUACUACAAAAAGUGCCCUUUCACCUUCCGAAACCUGGCGGUGUUCCCUGAUACAAUUCCCAGGGUAGAUUCCUCCUCGCUGGUUGAAGUGCGGGGUGCUUGCGUGAAGAACGCUGAAGAGAGGGACAUCCCCAAGCUGUACUGUGGGGCAGAUGGAGACUGGCUCGUUCCGCUUGGCCGCUGUGUCUGCAGUAUCGGAUUCGAGGAGGUGGAUGGCUCAUGUCAUGCUUGCAGACCAGGAUUCUACAAAGCAUUUGCAGGAAACAUCAAGUGUUCCAAAUGCCCUCCUCACAGCUUCACCUACGAUGCAGGCUCUCCCAUCUGCAGUUGUGAAAAGGGGUACUUCAGGGCAGAGAAGGACCCACCUACCAUGUCAUGCACAAGGCCGCCUUCUCCUCCCCGGAAUGUCAUUUUCAACAUCAACGAGAGCUCACUGUUUCUAGAGUGGAGCCCUCCCAGUGACAUGGGAGGCAGGAAGGAUCUUACCUACAACGUGAUGUGUAAGAAAUGUGGGGCUGAGCCCAGGGACUGUGAGCUGUGUGGAGAAGGCAUACGCUUCAUCCCCCGACAUGUGGGCUUGACCAACUCCUCGGUGACUGUACUGGACUUCGUCGCUCAUGCCAACUACACCUUCGAGAUUGAGUCAUUGAACGCUGUCUCUGAGUUCAGCUCAUUCCCCAGGCCUGUGACGGCCAUCACCAUUACUACUGACCAAGCUGGGCCCUCCCUGAUUGGAAUGGUGAGGAAGGACUGGGCCUCUCAGAACAGCAUUGCCCUCUCAUGGCAGGAGCAGGAGCAGCCCAGCACAGCCGUCCUGGACUACGAGAUCAAGUACUAUGAGAAGGAACAUGAAGAACUCAGCUACUCUUCAACCAGAUGCAAGGCAGCCAGUGUCAUCAUAACAGGACUCAAACCCACCACAAAGUAUGUGUUUCACAUUCGUGCAAGGAGCGCAGCAGGAUACAGCAGCUACAGCCCCAGAUACGAGUAUGAAACAAGCAACGAGACUUCUGACAUGGCCGCAGACCAGGGGCAGGUUCUGGUCAUCGCCACGGCAGCGGUCGGGGGGUUUACUUUGCUAGUGAUCCUCACGCUCUUCUUCCUGAUAACAGGACGGUGUCAGUGGUAUAUCAAAGCUAAGAUGAAGUCUGAAGAUAAGAGAAGGACACACUUCCAAAACGGACACAUACGAUUCCCGGGCAUAAAAACGUAUGUUGACCCUGAUACUUACGAAGACCCAACACAAGCAGUCCACGAGUUUGCCAAGGAGAUUGAUCCUUCCACAAUCCGGAUAGAGAGAGUCAUUGGAGCAGGGGAAUUUGGUGAAGUGUGCAGCGGGCGUCUGAAGAGUCCUGGUAAAAGAGAGAUCCCCGUGGCCAUCAAGACCCUAAAGGGUGGCUAUGUGGAUAGACAAAGGCGGGACUUCCUUCGAGAGGCCAGCAUCAUGGGACAGUUUGAUCACCCCAACAUCAUCCGUCUGGAAGGAGUCGUUACUAAGAGCAGGCCGGUAAUGAUAGUGGUUGAAUACAUGGAGAAUGGAUCCUUGGAUACCUUUUUGCGGAAGCACGACGGUCACUUCACUGUGAUCCAGCUGGUGGGCAUGCUGCGCGGGAUUGCCUCUGGGAUGAAGUAUCUCUCUGAUAUGGGCUACGUUCACAGAGAUCUGGCGGCUCGCAACAUCCUGGUCAACAGCAACCUGGUGUGUAAGGUGUCUGACUUCGGGCUGUCGCGUGUGCUGGAGGACGACCCUGAGGCUGCGUACACGACCAGUGGUGGAAAAAUCCCAAUCCGAUGGACAGCACCGGAAGCGAUAGCAUACAGGAAGUUUUCCUCAGCCAGCGACAUCUGGAGUUACGGAAUUGUGAUGUGGGAAGUGAUGUCAUAUGGAGAGAGGCCUUACUGGGAGAUGUCCAAUCAGGAUGUGAUUUUGUCAAUUGAAGAAGGGUACCGUCUUCCUGCCCCCAUGGGGUGCCCAGUUACCCUCCACCAGCUCAUGUUGCACUGCUGGCAGAAGGAGAGGAGCCACCGGCCCAAAUUCACAGAGCUUGUGAGCUUUCUGGACAAGCUGAUCCGCAACCCCAGCAGCCUGCAGACGCUGGUGGAGGAUGUGCAAGGUUUUCCAGAAUCCCCUGGAGAUGUCCCAGAAUACCCCUUGUUUAUCUCUAUUGGUGAUUGGCUGGACUCAAUAAAGAUGAGCCAGUACAAGAACAACUUCAUGGCGGCAGGCUUCACUACACUGGACUCUGUUUCAAGAAUGAGCAUUGAUGACGUCAGGAGGAUUGGAGUCACACUAAUUGGCCACCAGAGAAGAAUAGUGAGCAGUAUACAGACAUUGAGGUUGCAGAUGAUGCACAUACAAGAGAAUGGAUUUCAUGUAUGAAAAAUAGACAACAAGCCAUGUCCUGUGCCUCAGCAAUUUGAAUUGGAAGACUUGCGACAGCUUGUGCAUCUAGUACAUUUUUCAGAUAUGAAGUACACAAAGUGACUUCCUUUGACUUCCAAUAAAGAUGCUCUCAAUAAUCUAUUAAAUAAGACUAUUUUAAAGACUGGAAGGAGAUCCAAUCCAGCUAAAGGAGACUUGAUGACUGCUUUUCACUUUAAAUAAUAUUUCACGGUUGUAGGACCGCAUAAUACAGCAGUAUUACUACAUUUAGAAUGGUAUAGUAUAUCUGGGGACAUACUCUAAUAUACAUUUUACUUUUCAUGUUUAGUGACCAUGUAGCUGCUAAUAGCAGAUGUGCAAUCAAACGAUUGUCCUUAAUAUAAGAAUUAUUUUAUAGUUUAUUAAGAGUCAUGGGGUAUUCUUCUUCUUUGUUUUAAUACUUCCCAGGAUAACUGGUAUGGUGAUACUUGAAACUAUUAACAGCCAAUUUAAAUAAGAACUACUGAAUGUUGUCAACUUUUAAGUGUAUAAUCCAUUUACCAAUUAUUAUCUUAACCUGAUAUUUAUAUGUAUGAAGUCCUGUAUGUGAAAACCCUAGUCAAUUUUGAUUAUGUUUUUCAGUUCUUUAAUUACUGCUUUAUUUAACGCAUGCAUUUUAAGCAAAAGCUCAACAGUCUUUAUUUAAUUCAAAUAGACAUAUUUAACAGUAGAGUCAUUUUGACCCCAGACACUCCAGUUUUGAGUUUUAAGCUAGAAUGCAGUUUCACAGGGGAAAAUAAGGGUUUUAAUCCCAAACUAUGCUAGUUUAGUUUAGCCCCUCUCAUAUUAACUACCUGUGCUAUAGGGGUCGUGUUGGAACAGCACAUUGUACUGGGUAAUUUAGAAAGCAAUUUGAGUUGUACAAUAUCUGUGAACUGGUUGUUGUGCAGUAACUUUUGAAACAAUGUAUUGUGAGUUCAUAAGGUUAAAAUGUGAGUUGCUUGUAGAAAAUGACGAGAAAGCACAGUGUGGUGCAAGGCCAAUGCCCCCCAUUCUCACUCAUUCUUAACAAUGGGCCAUUUGCUGCCAUGUUUGGGUUGGAUAAGCCCUCUGGAGGGGAAAUGGGUGAACUGCACCCAUGCCAAAAAAUAAAAAAUAAAUAGGGUUCAUGGCGAAAUCUAUUCUGGGAAAUGGAGUAAAGAAAAUAGCGGGAGAAGAGAAAAGAGAGAAAGAGCCUGGGGAUCAAUAAAAAAAAAGGAUGCCAUAUAUUUGCCAUGCAGCACCUACACGUGUACCUCUUAACAACAAAACUCUCUCAAGAUGUGUUCAGCUACAUGUGCAGCACGCCUUCCCAGGUAAAAGCUAGAGACUGGCUGAGCUCUCACAGCCAUGGCAGUAUGCAAAGACAAUGAAUGCAUAGGAACUGGUGUUUAGCAUUUGUUACUGCUGAGCAAUGUAAUGAGAUUUUUUGUACAAAGUACAAGUUACUUAUAAUUCUUGUAUUUUAUUUUUCUAUAAUUUCCAAAGAGGCAUUGUCAGGUCUUACAGACUAUAUGCGCCUGUUUAUGAAGAUAUUUAUUUGCAAAUAAAAGUUAUAGUUCUGGUGGUUACCUAUAGUAUCUGACUUGUGAGUAUUUAUUUACCAUAACAGUCUUUCAGUAAACCAGCCAUAAUUGGAAGAGUACAAGCAAGCAUGGAUUGUACUUUCUCUUUAGGAUCCUUGCAGGAAUUAAACCGAAUUACAAGAGGUGGCACGAUGUGGUGUGCAAAAUAAACCACAACAUGUACUACUGUAUGUUAAAAUCACAUAAUAAUCAUACACUGACUGCACAAAACAUGGAUGAGCUGCUAUUGAAGCCCACAAUGCUUAGCUCUAAGUCAGUCGAGUGAAAACAGGUGAGUCUUGUCCAUUGUCGAGGGUUUGGAGCAGCAUGUCUGUUGAUUGUUGCAAUAUGUUGCACGCUUCAUA